ACAAAGAUCCCCCGUAUAGCCUGCAAGGGGCUGUCGGGGCAAGUGUACACAAAGACAAACGCGCACACACACACACACACCCACGAUGUUUUACAACUGCUCGGACGUCGACUGCAGCGCUGCCGUCGGCAUCGGCGGUGUCGGAGGAGGAGACGGUGUCGGAGGUGGUGGUGGUGGUGGCUACACUCCAUCGGUGCGGCAGGAGGUCGAGCAACAGGGGCAGGAGCAGCACCCCUCGGGCUCGCUGGCCACGCAGGUGUCGCUGUCCAUCGUGCUCGCCCUCGUCACGCUGGCGACGGCGCUUGCGAACGCCUUCGUCAUCGCCACCAUCUGGCUGAGCCGCAAGCUCCACUCGCCCGCCAACUACCUCAUCGGCUCGCUCGCGCUCACCGACCUCCUCGUCUCCGUGCUCGUCAUGCCCCUGUGCAUCCUGUACACGGUGAGCGGACGCUGGACCCUGGGGCCGGUGUUGUGCGACGUGUGGCUCUCGUCGGACAUCACCUUCUGCACGGCCUCCAUCCUCCACCUGUGCGUCAUCGCCCUCGACCGCUACUGGGCCAUCACCGACGCGGUGAACUACGCGGCGCGGCGCACGUGGAGGCGCGCCGGCGCAAUGAUCGCCGUCGUGUGGGUCAUCUCGGUCUCCAUCUCGCUGCCGCCCUUCUUCUGGCGCCAGGCGAAGGCCGAGGAGGUGUUCGAGUGCGUCGUGAACACCGACAAGAUCCUCUACACGGUCUACUCGGUGUGCGGCGCCUUCUACCUGCCCACACUGGUGCUCAUCCUCCUCUACGGGAAGAUCUACCACGCGGCGCGGUCGCGCAUCCUCCUGCAGCACCACCAGCACCACCACCAGCACCACCCGCAGGACCACAACACGCCAGGGCAGCGGCAGCAGCAGCAGCAGCAGCAGCGGCGGCAGCGGCGGCGGCAGUGGUACGAUGGGCCGCGCGGCAAAGGCAAGAAGGUGGCGUGGAUCGGCAGCUCCCUCGGCAAGAGGCUCGCGUCGGCAAGGUUGCUGGACGUGACGACGUCGCGGCUGUCCGUGCGCUCGCAGGACGUGCGACAGCAGCAGGAACAGCACCAGCAGCAGACGCAGGAGGUCCUCAAUCAUCAUGAUAACCAUCAGCACCACCAGCAGCAGACGCAGCAGACGCAGGAGGUCCUCAAUCAUCAUGAUAACCAUCAGCACCACCAGCAGCAGACGCAGGAGGUCCUCAAUCAUCAUGAUAACCAUCAGCACCACCAGCAGGAGACGCAGCAGACGCAGGAGGUCCUCAAUCAUCAUGAUAACCAUCAGCACCACCAGCAGCAGACGCAGGAGGUCCUCAAUCAUCAUGAUAACCAUCAGCACCACCAGCAGCAGAUGCAGCAGAUGCAGGAGGUCCUCAAUCAUCAUGAUAACCAUCAGCACCACCAGCAGCAGACGCAGGACGUCCUCAACAAUCAUGAUAACCAUCAGCACCACCAGCAGCAGACGCAGGAGGUCCUCAAUAAUCAUGAUAACCAUCAGCACCACCAGCAGUUGAUGCAGGAGGUCCUCAAUCAUCAUAGCCAUCAGCACCACCAGCAGUUGAUGCAGGAGGUCCUCAAUCAUCAUAGCCAUCAGCACCACCAGCAGCAGACGCAGGAGGUCCUCAAUAAUCAUGAUAACCAUCAGCACCACCAGCAGCAGACGCAGGAGGUCUUCAAUCAUCAUGAUAACCAUCACCACCACCAGCAGCAGACGCAGGAGGUCCUCAAUAAUUAUGGCCAUCAGCACCACCAGGAGCUGAUGCAGGAGGUCCUCAAUCAUCAUAGCCAUCAGCACCACCAGCAGCUGAUGCAGGAGGUUCUCAAUCAUCAUGGCUAUCAGCAGCAGCAGAUGGAGGAGAAGGUCUUCAAUCGCCAUAAGCACCACCACCAGCAGCAGCAGAUGGAGGAGGUCUUCAAUCACCAUGGCCAUCACCAGCAGCAGCAGCAGCAGCAACUUGACGAUGAUGGCGACUACAUCCACAGUGGUCAAACAUCAGCAGCAUUAGCGGCAGCAUCGGCAUCAUCAGCAGCAGCAGCAUUAGCGGCAGCAGCAGCAUCAUCAUCAUCAGCGGCAUCAUCAUCAUCAGCAGCAUCAGCAUCGCCGGCUUUGACACGGGACAGCGGCAUUGAGGGUUCCCCGGGGGGCCGCAGCCUCGCCUCCUCCUCGUCCGCCUCCUCCUCGUCCGCCUCCUCCUCCUCUUCGUCCCUGCUGCUGCUGCGGUGGUCGUCGUCGUCACCGAGACGGAAGGGCACCUCCAUGGCCCGCUACCUCCUGGGCCACGGGCACGGCAAGUUGGGAAGACCUCGCUUUGUCGUCGGCGCUGGCGGCGGCGGCGGCGGCGUUGAUGGUGAGGGCAUCUCCGUUGGUGGUGGUGGUGGUCGUGGUGACAUUGACGGUGACGGCAGCUCCCUUGGUGGUGGUGUUGGUGGUCGUGGUGGUGUUGGCGGCGGCGGACGACGCGUCGGCACCAACUCGCGCUUCUCGCCCCUGGCGAGGCCCAAGAGGGCCACGUGGGUGACUCGAGACGCGACCGGCGCCACCAGCACAGCCGCCGCCGCCGCGAGGCCCGGCAGCGGCGACAGCGUCCGCGUGAACGUGGCCGACUCGCUCUGCGAACGCCGGCGGAUCGCCGCGGCUCGCGAGCGCAAGGCCACGACGACCCUGGGGGUCAUCCUGGGCGCGUUCAUCGUCUGCUGGCUGCCCUUCUUCCUCGCCAGCCUCAUCCUGCCCAUCUGCCAGCCCCGCUGCUGGUUCGCGCCGGCCCUCUUCGACUUCUUCACGUGGCUCGGUUACCUCAACUCGCUCGUCAAUCCCGUCAUCUACACGUGGUUCAACGAGGACUUCAAGCAGGCCUUCCAGAAGCUCGUGCGGUGCAAGCAGAUCUACUGAGAAUGAGGUGCGCCCUGCGGGGGGAGGGGAGUGGCGUGGGGCCGGGAUUGGUCAGGGGUCCGGGUUAGGUCCGGCCGAGAGUUGAAACUAUUCAGCUGCGAACGCCGAUUGCGUCUCUUGCAUCUGAGGCCGGGCAAAGGCUACGUAGCGAUCUCUGGACAUCGCAAAUUGACGGCGGUGGAUUCUCGUCACCACGUGUGAAAUGUGUUAGCGGCGGCCAAAUUUGACUCUGAACGCGUGACGUCGAUUUUCAAUGUGGAAGGGGAGGGGGGGGGGGG